GGGCAGGUCCGCACCCACCAUCGUGGGACUGAUUCCAAGGGAAAAGAGCCGGUAGCAACCAGGAUUUGAGAGGGAGCUGGCUGAACGGAGCUUGUAAAGCAGCAAUCCUUUCUGCAUUGAGAGUGGGGAAAGCUCCCCAAUCUCCGUUAAAGAGAACAGUGGCUGUUUUUUAUCCUGCUACUGCUCACCAGGGAAAGAGAUAAGAAGUGUGAUAAGAGUAUGGUGGUUGGAAUGUGGAUUAUUGCAUUUUAUCUCCUUGGCACAGUAGCAGGUAAACAAGUUUGCUACCCUAGGGUUGGCUGUUUUACAGACGACCCACCCUGGUCUGGGAUACCAGGGAGACUUCUGACGGGUUUGCCCGAUUCUCCAGAGCAUAUGAACCUCAGCUUCUCGCUCUAUACCAGAGAAACAGGAAAUAACUCACAGGUGAUCUCAGCAAUAAACUCCUCAACCAUCCAAAACUCACAUUUUUCCUCACGUAGGAAAACCUCCUUCAUCAUUCAUGGAUUUGGCAGUACCGGAAAAAAAGGCUGGGUGGUAGAAAUGUGCUUGCUCUUACUGGAAGUGGAAAACAUAAACUGUAUUGCCGUUGAUUGGAAAGACGGUGCAAAAGGCACUUACAUCAGUGCAGUGAACAACAUCCGCGUGAUUGGGGCUGAGAUUGCUUAUUUCAUAAAAACCUUGCAGAGCAUCUUCAGAUACUCCCCUUCCAAAGUCCAUUUAAUUGGCCACAGUCUGGGAGCACACACUGCGGGAGAAGCGGGAAGAAGGAUCCAAGGCAUCAGACGGAUAACAGGCUUAGACCCUGCGGGACCCUGUUUUGAAGGUACUCCUCCUUUGGUGAGACUGGAUCCUUCAGAUGCAAACUUCGUUGAUAUUAUUCACAGUAACGCUGCUCACUUUCCUGCCAUAGGGCUUGGGAUGUAUAACACCACCGGGCACCUGGACUUUUACCCGAAUGGAGGAAGUGUGAUGCCUGGAUGCACCAAUUUAAUCGCAGAGCCAAAACAAAAUGAUUUUGAAGCUGUCAUUGCAGAAGCUACAGCCAUUGGGGGGUGCCAUCACUCACGCAGCCAUGAGUUUUAUUGUGCAAGUAUCCUCUAUCCUGAUGGAUUCCUUGGCUAUCCCUGUGAAAAGUACGACUUACUUAAGGCAGGAGAAUGCUUCCCAUGUCCCAAGGAGGGAUGCCCAAUGAUGGGGCACUAUGCUGACCAGUUCCCAGCUAAACUGGAGAGGGUAAACCAAAAGUAUUUUUUAAACACAGCAGCAGACGCACCUUUCGCUACUUGGAGGCAAAAAGUAUUUAUCAAACUGUCUGGUGCAAAGAAGAUGAGAGGGGACAUAAACUUAGUUUUCCAUGACAGAGAGGGGAACACAAAAGAAUAUGAAAUUGCCAGUGGAGUCCUCUCACAAGACCAAGUUUAUACAAAAUACCUUGAUGUUGAAAUUAACCCAAAGAAUACUAAAAAGAUUGAAUUCCUCUGGAAUAAAGCCGUAUUUUCUCUGCUCUGGGCAAGACUGGGAGCAGAAACAGUCAAUAUAACUCAUGGAGAAGAUGGUCUUAGGUCAACUUUUUGUGGCCAGGGAACUGUGGUAUAUGGCGUUCCACAGUUACUGACACCUUGCUAGAGGUCAUCAAAUACAACUGUUCUGUACCCACAGCUGAGCAAACCAUUAGUCCUGUGCAUGGGAACGUUGGCACACAAGGCUAUUAAAGCAAAUAUCAAACUGCCUGUUGCUCCCUUUAUUUUUUCCAGUUCUUU